AGAAGAAGCCGGGGGAAGCCCUCUCGGACCGGCACGGAGAGACUGCGCGUGCGCGUGCACCGGAACCCACGUGCUGCUGCCGGAACCUGUGAGCAGGGGCCUUGAGUUUCCGAGGGGCCUCGGAGAGGGCCGGCCCGGCGGAGGCCUAUGAGCGGCGGACCCCGGGGCGAUCAUGGCCGCCUGACAACCCGCGGGGAGGCGCCGGGAGCGGACGGACGGAGCCUUGGCUGCGGAGGCAGAUUACCAGGCUGUAGAAUGGCAGGCGAACAGAAGCCCUCCUGUAACCUCCUGGAACAGUUUAUUUUAUUAGCCAAAGGCACCAAUGGCUCAGCCCUCACCGCUCUCAUAAGUCAGGUUCUGGAGGCUCCUGGAGUGUACGUGUUCGGAGAGCUGCUGGAGCUGUCCAAUGUGCAGGAGCUUGCAGAAGGUGCUAAUGCUGCUUAUUUUCAGCUGCUGAGCCUGUUUGCCUAUGGAACAUACCCAGACUAUAUAGCCAACAAGGAGAGCCUGCCCGAGCUCACCCCUGCCCAGAAGAACAAGCUAAAGCACCUGACCAUCGUCAGCUUGGCGGCCAGAAUGAAGUGUAUCCCCUACUCGGUGCUGCUGAAGGACCUUGAGAUGCGCAAUCUUCGGGAGCUGGAAGAUCUCAUCAUCGAAGCCGUCUACACGGACAUCAUUCAGGGUAAGCUGGACCAGCGCAACCAGCUUCUCGAGGUGGACUUCUGCAUCGGCCGAGACAUUCAGAAGAAGGACAUCAACACCCUUGUCAAGACCUUGCAGGAGUGGUGUGAUGGCUGCGAAGCCGUUCUGUUAGGCAUUGAGCAGCAGGUGCUGAGAGCCAACCAGUACAAGGAGAACUUCAGCCGGACGCAGCAGCAGGUAGAGGCCGAGGUCACAAACAUCAAGAAGACCCUCAAGGCCACAGCAUCAUCCUCAGCCCAGGAGAUUGAACAGCAGCUGGCAGAGCGGGAGUGCCCCCCUCAUGCUGAGCAGCGGCAGCCCACCAAGAAGAUGUCCAAAGUGAAAGGUCUGGUCUCCAGCCGCCACUAGGGCCGGCCGGGGCAGCCGGCACUCACUGGGCAGGGGAGGGGGAGCAGCAGGGGCCACAUUCUUCCCCUUUUACUCUCAGUGGGUUCCGGAGCUGCCCACCAGUCCAUCCCAGGUCUCCCAUCCUUUCACUGACUUCCCCUUACCCACUUGGUACGGUUCUCGCUAAGCCACGCUCUCACCUCCACUUGUCCCCUUCAGACUCAGGGGCUCCAGGGAUGCCAUCUCAUAGUGUCAGACUCUGCCCUGCUUCCCCCAGACUCCUCCCACUCCUUGGCCUGUAUCCUGCACUAUCCAGUGGUGACCAUCUGUCAGACUGCUUCUAGGUCAGAGGAAACUUUGGCCCACAGAUGUUACUCCUCCAGAGAGAAUGACCUGCUGAAGGAGGCCCUUCUCUGGGUGAGACCCCAUAUCCCUCCUUCCCACACCGAACACCCCACAGAUACACAUCCCUCCGCAGCCCUGAAGUGGGCCAGGACACCUCUAGCCAGGCAUCAGCCAGCCAGGAGCCUUCUUCCUGCCUCGUUGCUAGUCGGCAGCUCUGAUUCGAGCCGCUGAGGGACGUAUUCUGGGCUGUGUUUACCAAACCCACGGGUUUCUUGCCUCCUAAGCCUAGUUCACGUUUCUCACCAGUCGGUGAUGCCUGGGGGGGUGACUGAGCCCCUCCAGAACGGUGCUGUGUGUCUUUGCUCAGUGUGGUGCUGGCUGGCAGAGGCUGCCUCUUCAGGUGACCCUCCCUCCCGGCACCUGCUGCCUCUCACUUCUUAGACCUCCUUUGUCUAGUGCGGGGCCACUGAUGCUCACCAGGGCAGUCUGUAGAUGCCUCCCCUCCUGAGACCUUCCAAUUCCAAGUGACUCCAUCCUUGGUCGGGGAGCAAUGCUGGGGGCCCCCAUCUGGAGGAUUUGCUGCUGGGCCCUAGCCCUCUUGCUUCUCCUCACUUGGCAGUUGGCCCAGAGCCCUUUGAUGGUGGCAUUCCAGCAAAGGAAGUGGACUUGACUAGCAUUUCUGAACUUGAACUGUUUCAGGUUGUAUUUUAAUUUUUUUUGUACAGGUUUUGACUCUUAAGACAUUUCAACAUUUUUUUCCUUUUUUUUUCCUUUGUUGACAUUUGUUACAAAGCAACAGCAGGUGAUUCACACCUAGUUGGAGGGUUUUGUUUUUCAAAAGCGGGGAGGGGGGGAUUAUGGCCUGACGCUGAAACAACAGCUCAAAUGGAGGAAAAAAAGCACACUUUAGAAAAAAUAAAAAUGCCAAUUUAAUGUACUCAAGUGUGGAGUAGGAUUGGUUCCACUACUGUUGGUGUGGGGUGUGGGUGUUGCUUGAUUCAGUGAAAGUCAUCCCUGCUGUCUGCCACUGAUGAGGGAGGGAUAUGACAGGGUUUUUGUACUCAUAUGUCAGGAAGAAAAUGUGCAGGGCUCUAGAAUUGCGUUCAGUGUGUGGUCUCUGUUCCUCCGAGCCCUGAAAGCUCUUCUGCUGGUUUUCCAGACCAGACUUCUUAGGCCGCUAUACAAAUAUUCGCAUUCAGCAUUUUCCUUUGGUCCUUGCCUUUUCAGGUUAGAAUGUGAUCUUUGCUUCAUAGAAAGGCACAUUCUGAGUCUUGUGUAAAGUAGGAAAUUCAUUUCUGAAUUUUAUAAAGUUCACUGAUUGCUUCUUCUUGGAUUUACAAACUUGCUUGGGAACUAAGGGGUGGUGGACCCAUUCCCUAUGUGGUUCUGCUGUUCUUGUUCCUGGAGACUCAAGUGAGUUUAGUGCCCCCCCCCCAAUAGUGACCCAUUAUUCCCUUCCACAGUUUCAUUCAGCCACCCUACUGAGGGCUGUCUAUAACAUGUGGCUGACAGGCUGCAUCUUACCCCAUUUCUCUCCAUAAAUAAACAAUUUCAUUAGCACCCCCUAGCAAAAUAAGGAUAAGGUAUAGGUUUUUAGGGCUAGUACAUUAAUCUUGGAAGAAAAGCAGGAGGGGAGAGAAACCUGGGGGCCUUAGCCACUCAAGAAGUUGUAAUGUUCCAAAUCAGACAUUUAGAGACUACAUUCUGGGGUAGGAGGGCUGGCUCAGGAAGUCCAUUGAUAGCGUGAUUGGCACUCCGUGGAAGCUCAAUUCCGGUGCCACAUGUGUGUUUUUUAGCCUACACGGAUGUAGAUAGCAUUGCAGACUGUAUAAACAAUAUAAAUGUCCAGCUUACUUGUCAUAGAUGUAACUAUCUAUAAUGAAAUACAAAUUAGACUAGAUCGGAGGUGUCAAAACACGUGGCCCCUGGGCCGCAUGCAGUUCACAUCACUGCUGAGUACAGCUUGCAAUUGAAAAGCAUUUAACGCAAAUACAAUAUAACAUUUUAAAGUAUGUAUGUCAGUCAUCAAGUCAGUGCGUAGCUCACAGGGUUCCGUGUGUGGUCCCCAUUUCUGUCUGAAACCCUUGGACUAGAUGACUUCUAAAUUCUAGCCUUAAUGUUAUAGAAAUGUCUGAUCUUGUCAUAAAUUUGAAGGAAAUACAAUGGAUGCCAAACAAAGUUUAGAAGGCCAUGUGCGUUAGUAUAGUACCUGGCACUUAGUAAGUGCAUAGUAAAUGUCUAUUGAUUGGCUCAGACCGUCGUCUGGAAAAUAAAUACGAAAACAACGGACAUAGUGAAACGGGAGAAGAAAUUCAAAGAUUCUGCAAUAGAGCAAAGUCAAAGACAGAAUGGGAAGAACUUGAGAAAUCUGCCAUAAAAGAGAGUUGACGUGGCCUCGGGGGUGGGGGUAGAAACCACCAUGAGAAAACCUGGAAUGCUCUUGUUUUAAGAAAUCUUAGAGGAAAAUUACUGGGAAGUUCUGGAACCAAAGAAUAAAGUACAUAUGAAUUCAGAGGACGCAGAAGAAUCUUUAAGUCACCAGGAAACGUGUUUGCCAAGCCUCAGAGAUCCUGAGUGAAAGAGAAGAUAAUGCAGGUGGCCAGGAAGACUGAGACCCAAGGAAUUCCAAUCAGAACCCUGCAGAGAACUAAUCAACAAAUAUGAAAAGAAGGGAAGUAUUGGGAUAUGAUAUACCAAAAAUUAAAGGAGCAUAGCUUGCACUCAA